CUUCUUCUUCUUCUUCUUCUUCUUCUUCUUCUAGUUUUGAUUGUUGCAGGUAAAGUAAACCCUGAUGGCCAAGUCCUCUUCUUCCCAUCGAAAGAAACGCGACAAGAUUUCAUCCAAGGCUCAAACAAAGAAGAGAAGCAAGAGUAAGACUAACAGUAAGAGUGACAAAUACAGAUCCAAGAAGGUUUGUCGUCGCGAUGAUUCUCUUUCUUUCUCAGAUGAGGAUGAUUCCAGGAGCUUGAGUUCAUCGUUUAGCUCUGAGGAUGGCCGUAGAAGUAGGAGGGCUCGAUCGCGCACUCGGAGAGAUGUGAAAGGUAGUAAGAAGAGGGCUAGGAAGAGAUCUUAUAGCAGUGAUAGCAGUGAGGAGUCUCCCCGUCCACGUGCGAAGAAGAGGAAAGCAUCGAAGAAGUAUGAGGCGAAGAAGAGGAGCCGUUCGAGGGAUAAGCCUAGGAGAAAUGCUAGGACUAGUUCUGUGAGUAGUGAGUCUAGGAGCUGUUCGACUUGUCAGGGUGGGGGUAUUAGUGGUGAUGAGAUUGAGUCUAAAAGACAUAGGAGUAGGCUUGAGAAACGGAUGAGAGAGGGAACCGAUAGAAACAAGGUUGAGAGUGGGACUGAGAGGAGUAGAUAUAGGUCUAGGAGUCGUUCUUUGUGCAGGAAUUAUGGUGAGAGUGAUUGUCAGAGUCAGGAAAGAGUUAGCGGUGAGGGCAAUGGGAGGAGAUUGCGGUCAGUUAUUGCUGUAUCCAAAGAAGACAAUGAGGGGAGAUGGUUAGAUGAGGUUGGGCACAAGGAAGAGAUUACAUAUGAUCAUGAUGAUUACCCUUCUUGUAGAAGUAAUGACAGUAAUGACGGAGGGAGCAAGAGGGAGUUAGAUAAUCAUUUACAGGUUGCAUCCGAGGUGAGAAUGAGGGUAGAGAGUGCAAAAGAGGAAGGAGCUCUUGUUUCUGAUGCUGAAAUCAUGCGUCUUCCAAGUAGUGGCAAUAUAUGUGACAGGGAUGAUGGGGGCCAAGCUGAAGGGAUUAAUUCUAGCUGUGAUGAAACAAGGAUUACUGAUCAUGUUAAUGAAAAUAAGAUCUCUGGGGAAAUUAGUAGUUUGAAAGACGAAGAUCUGGAGACGGUCUUAAGACAGAAGGCUUUGGAAAAUCUGAAAAGGUUCAGAGGAAAGCCUCAAAAGAUUGCUGUAACUGGUGAUAAGGAAGAUAAGAAGCAACCACCUGGUGCAAAAGCUGAAUCGGUUCAAUUAGAAUCCCCCAAGGUUGGUGGUGGGGCUAGGAUGUUGGUUGUGAAGUCCUCCAAAGAGGAUAUCUCUGAAAAUGAUCAAACCCGAUUAGUAGAAGGGACCAAUGGGUCUCCAGCUAGAGAUUCCAUUUGUUUGUCUGAAAUAUUUGAAAAGGAAUUGAUUAGGAAGAAUGGUAGAGACGAAACUGUCUCUGCCAAGCAAGAUGUUGUUUGUCCAACACAUCAAGAGGCUGUUUCUGGUAGUUCCAAAAUGGCUAGCACAACUCCUGAUGUAGAUAAACCAAACUUGGCUGCACCAAAAUCAACGUCUAGUUCCCUAAAACCUCACUCGAUUCUGAAACGUGCACUUGCUUCACUGCAACACCCUCAGGAUAGAUUGCUGGUAACCAAGAGUAGUGUAGAUAACACAGUUUUUGGGACUGCUCAAAGUGUGACCCAGAGUAGCAAUAAUGAUGGUCUAGACAUCAGCAAUGGUUCUGGUUCUACUGGUCCUGAACCUUCUGGAGAGAAUAGGUCUGAUUUACAGCAAGAUGAGGCUAAGGAUGGUUUGCAGUUUGAGCAGAAGACAAUGUCUGUGAUGCGAGGUAGUGAAAUAGUACAGGUGAGCUACAAGGUUUACAUCCCGAAGAAAGCCCCUGCUUUGGCGAGGAGGCAACUUAAGCGAUGAUAUUGGGGUGAUGCUUCAAACAACAUUUGCUUCAACUAACAGAGAGUGGGAUUUUUUUUGGAGUUUGAUGCUUGAUUGACCUUAUAUGCAUGUGAUCUCAACCUCAAAAAUAUAAGAAAUUGUGGUCAAGUAGUCACUGGUAUGACCAAGAAAGGGAAGUAGUUGGUUUUGGUAGUUAUAUCAUGUCACUAUUUUUUCAACUGUUCAUAUCUGUAUUACUGUUUUGCUAUUUUUUACUUCUGAUACUCUGCAGUUUAUGUAACUUGCUUAGGAUAUGACAUGAAUAAGAACAAUAAAAGAAUUUGUUAACUAU